UCCCUAGUUGUCUGGUACCUGGCCCAGAUAAGGGGGAAUUGGGGGAGCGUGUUUGGUGGUCCCAGAGAGAGGGGUCCCAAAAACGGAGAUAGUUGGGGUCGGGGCUUAGCAAACUGCCCAAGAAAGGCAGAGAAAAGAGAAUUUUUACACAUAACUUCAAAACUAGGUCAAGACAGCUCUUGUGAAAUAUUAGAUUACAUCACAUAAAUGGAAUCAUCCAGGAUGUGGCCUUUUGUGUCCAUGUCUGGCUUUUUUCACUGAUCAUGAUGUCUCCACAGUUCAUCCAUAUUGUAGCAUGGAUCAGCGCUUCACUUCUCUUUAUGGCCAAAUAACAUCCCAUUGUGUGUAUAGACCACGUUUUGUUUGGUCACUGUCUUGGGUUCUUUCCGCCUUCUGGCUCCUCUCAAUCAGGCUGCAGUUAAGCUGGAUGCAUUUGUUUUGAUGUGAACACCUGUUUUCAGUUCUUUUGAACAUACACUCAGGAGUGAAAUUGCUGAGUGGUGUGAUAACUAUGUUUACUUAUUGAGGGACCACCAACUAUUUUCCCUUUUAAUUGUGAAUGCCAUUAAGCAGACAGACAAAUAAAGCGAGUAGUCUAACAGAACACAGGGGUCCACCUCGCAGGGUUGCCAGAGGCCUGGAGCUUGCCUUAUUUGCUUGUUUCUCUCUUUCUUUCUUUCUGUUUCCUCUUUCCUUUCCCCCUCCCUCCUUCUCUCGGUCUCUCUCUCUCUCUCUCCCCCUACUCCCCUUCCUUUGUUUUUACUGAGAUAUUUUAAAUUAAGUUUACAUGCCAUUUUCUCCCUAAGUACUUCAAGAAGGACAUUUCCUUCCACGACCCGGUGCCGUUAUGCAUGCGACACAUGAGCAGCGCAGGGCCCCAGAGCCACAGUGCCUUUGACUCCUCUGUCCUGCACGCCAGCAUCUCAUCAAGGACUUCCGUUGCACUUGACCUAUUGGCCGUGUACACCUCUUCUCCUCUAGAACAGUCUCUCUUUUCCCCAUGACACUGACACGCAGAGGAGGCUGGGUACAGCCCACCUUCUGGACUGGGCCGGUUGCUUCCUUGUGGUGUGUAAGUGGUCCCUCAGUCCCCAAGAUCCUUUAUAAACUGCGUGCGGGUUCCCAAGGCUGUGUUAGAAUGGGGUCAAACUUUGACAAGAGCCUCGCACGCUUCCCAUGGUGGCAUCCCCGCAGCAGGUGGGUCCCAGCUCUGUCCAACCGGUAGGUUAGCUUUCUGUCUUGUGACCAGCAGUAAAUAGGGGAAGACAUUUUGACAUCACAUGGUCUUUCACCCAGUGGUUGUAGUGUCCAUCCCACCUUCAGGGAUUCUUCCUAUCUGAUUAGCAUAUAUUUCUUCGUCAGAUACAUGAGUUUAUUGAUUCUGGGCCAAUGCUGAUGGACAGCUCAUCACUGGUGAUAAGGGACUUCGCCGCAGUUUAAAUACUGUACGACCCUGUCCCCUCACCCUCUCUCCUGUAGCAGAAAUAAGCUGCGGUCGCCCAGACAGCAUGAGCAUUCGCGGCCCACUCCCCUGCCAGCCACCGCCUGGUUCUUAUGCUUCCCCACGGGGGAGUUCCGCCUUGUGGUCUCCAGUUGGGUGGUGCAAACAGCGUUGGAGCAAACUGUCUUCUGGUCUUGAGAACUGAUGUGGCGAAAUCUGAUUCUGUCCACUUUGGCAGUGACACGCUCUUCCUGCCCUUAGCAUGAGCCCCAGCUCCUGUCUGUCCCCAGAGUGCCCACAUGGCCUCACCUUCUGCACUCCCCACCCUGCCCCCAGUUUCAGCACCGUGACCACUGAGCUUGGGCCCAUCCGAGGGCCAGAUAUGGGCCAUGCCCUUAGCCUGCUCCUCUCUUUGCUCACCCCCAGCCUUCAGCUCUCAGCCUGAAGGUCACUCCUUUAGAGGGCACCCCUCCCCCAGCUCUUGUGGGUCCCUCCAGAGUGCAUCUCACUCUUCUGGUCUUUCUCUUUUCCUUGAGAGCAGGUCUAUUUCAGGUGGAGUGGGGGGUGUGUGUGUGUGUGUGUGUGUGCGCACGCACGCAUGUUCUGGAGUUUUUCUGUUAGGUCCCUGAGCUGAGAGGAAGAGGAGUUGGCAGUGGAGCUUCCAGGGAUGGCUGGAAAGUUGGGGUGGCGGUGCUGGAAAUGAGAAGGAGGAAGCCAAGCCUCGUACGAGGCGGGCAGGACUCCCUGUCUGGUGGCCCACCACCCAGCUUCUUUGCACCCCUGCGAUGGCCGCCAUUCUCUUGAAGGCCAGACCCAAGGUGCCAGUAUCUUUUGAAGACGUGUCCGUGUACUUCACCAAGACAGAAUGGAAGCUUCUGGACCUCAGACAAAGGAUCCUCUACAAGAGAGUGAUGCUGGAGAACUAUCGUCAUUUGGUGUCACUGGGAUUUUUAUCCUCCAAGCCUCACCUGGUCUCCUGGCUGGAACAAGGGGAGGGGCCCCGGGCAGCAGACACCUGCAGAACACGGGCCGCUGCGGGGAUGCAGACAGGUGACGGGAUAGAGAACAGGACGUUGGUUUCAAAGCAGAAGCAUUGCCGAAAAGAACUCCCGAGGACCGAUCUUCAGGCCGGUAACAAGAGCCAGGUAGCCAGGCCGCCAGGGGAAGCGCUGGAGCUCGGAGCAGAACAUGCUCAUUCUCCCCAGACAGGUUCCGGCGGGGUUGGCCCCCGCAGGGAGAGAGGUCAGAGCAGCUCCUCAGGGGACGCAAGAGAGAUGUGGCAGAGAAGUAGCCCCAGUGGUAGGCAGGAGUCAGUUCUAAGGCAGCAGGUUUCCAAAGGUGCGGAGAGGCGCUACCUCUGUCAGCAAUGUGGGAAAUCCUUCAGCCGCAGCUCCAACCUCAUCAAGCACCGGGUCAUCCACAGCGGCGAGAAGCCCUACGAGUGCUCCGAGUGUGGGAAACUCUUCCGGCGCAGCUUCGCGCUGCUGGAGCACCAGCGCAUCCACAGCGGCGAGAAGCCCUUUGUGUGCAGCGAGUGCGGGAAGACCUUUACGCGCAGCUCCAACCUCGUCAAGCACCAGAUCAUCCACAGCGGCGAGAAGCCCUACAAGUGCUCCGAGUGCGGAAAACUCUUCCGGCGCAGCUUCGCGCUGCUGGAGCACCAGCGCAUCCACAGCGGCGAGCGGCCCUACGCGUGCAGCAAGUGCGGGAAGACCUUCAGCAGGAGCUCCAACCUCAUCGAGCACCAGCGCACCCACAGCGGCGAGAAGCCCUACACGUGCAGCCAGUGUCCGAAAGCCUUCAAGGGCGUCUCCCAGCUCAUCCACCACCAGCGCAUCCACAGUGGGGAGAAGCCGUUCAAGUGCAAAGAGUGCGGGAAGGCCUUCCGGGGGUGCUCGGGGCUCAGUCAGCACCAGCGGGUGCACAGCGGUGAGAAGCCCUACGAGUGCAGUGAGUGUGGGAGGACCUUCAGCCGGCGAGCCAACCUCUUCAAGCACCAGGCCAUUCACAGCCCGGAGAGGCCCUACGAAUGCCAGGACGGCGGGACGGCCUUCCAGAGCAGCCCCGUCCUCCCGGAGCCCCGGCCCGCGCACGCUGGCCAGCGGCCGCUCGCAGGCAGCCAGGGCCCGGGCGGGAGCGGCCUCGGCGGGAGGGCCCUCGGCGGGAGCGCCGGCCUUGCGGGGAGCCCGUGCGCCCGCGGCCACCAGGAGCCCUGCGCGAGCGGCCGGGGCGCCGAGUGCGGCAGCGCCUCGCAGGGGAGGCGGUGGCUGGGCCAUCCCCGGAAGCCCCGUGGCGGCGCGAGGCCCUCGGAGAAGAGUGACAGCGGCAAGGCGCCCGCCUCUCUGGCCCUCGGAAGGCCCCCUGCCGGGCCGCAGCCGGAGGGCCAGACCCUCGGGGCAGACUCGGUGGGUGCGGCGGCCGCCCGCGCCGUCUGACCGCGCCAGGGUGGGACAGGGCUGGCUUGGAAACCCGGCGGCGCCCGCUGCCGUCGCCCGGGCUGGUGACGGGCCCUGUGCGCUGCCCGGGCUCAGGGCCGCGCCGUGAGGAGAGCCGCGCCGCGGGCUCGGGGGCCUUGAGUUACUGAGGAGCAGCGGGCUUCCUCUCGCCGGACCGCGCGCUUCACCCCGGCCGUCUGCGCGUGGCCGGCUGGAAGCACUAACAGCACUUUCCUCCUUUAAGCGCCUGCAAACGGAGGGGACUUGAGAGAAGGCUGCAGGCAGCCUGUGGCUGGACUGCGACAGCACCUCCCGGUCAUCAGCUCAGAGAUGGUCUGGAAAUGCACCUGGGCAAAUACCUCCGCGGGCCGCUCGUGGCCGGCUGUCGGGCCGCAGGGAGGGCCGUCGGGGCGGACAAACGGGACACCCUGCGAUCCCGCCGAGCGGGGGCCUGUUCUUUUUCCAGGCCGUUUGUCCUUGUGCCUGAAAAGCCACAGCCUUGCGUGGGGACCCGCAGCCGCUUCUCAGAGGAGCGGCCGCACCCAGGUCCCAUCUUCUCAGAGCCCCGGGGGCGGGGUAUGGGGGACACUCUGGUCUCUCACAGGAGGGGGCUCCAGGCAACGCAUGUCUUCCCUGCGCACCGGGCUCACCCUCCUCACUGCCUUCUGCCCCCCUCCCCCGACCCCACCAGCAAAGACCACCCUGGCCUCUCCGCCCCUCCUCCCCACCCUCAGUGCCUAAAGCCUCACACUUGGCUGCGGCCCCUCAAGCAGCCACGUCUUGUGGCCGGUGCGCGUCGGGAAGGAAACAAGAUGGGUUAGGAAUUUGCACAGAGCGUGCCCAGCAGUGGCUCUCUCAUGGGAUCUGCCUUUCAUAUGACCUUUCUUAUAAUAUUGAAGGUUCAGCUGCUUUGAAUAAUUUUGCAUUCAGGAGUAAUGUAAGCAGAAGAUAGGGGGUUUUGCCGCAUGAGAGUGCUGGUGAAUCAUUGCUUAAAUAAGAAUCCCCCGCCCCGUGAGAAGACCUCAGGCAGGAGGAACGGAGCCCUGAUGAGUAUGGUGGCAAGCCUGGCCCCUCUUCUCCCUCCUCCCCCUUAGCCCCCCAGAGACAGGGCGGACCCUUCGAAUGGCACUUUACUGCAAGGCUGGGGCGGGGCGGCGGGGGGAGGGCCAUGGCUGGCAGGCUCUGCCCUGUUCCAUCCGCGCUGGGCCCAGGAAUUCUACCCAUGGGUGCUCUCAGCCCAGCGCCCUGAUUGCCUUGCCACCUCCUUCCAGCCCUCUUCACUGCCAGAUCUCCAGCAGGCAAGGGAUAGGUGUGCUGGAGGCCCCCCACUGGGCCUCCCAGGAGCAUGUGCGCCUUCCCUGCCACACAGGAGAGGCUCGACACGACAUCUGGAGAGAGAGGAAAGACCUGGAAAUACAGAAUUCCUUCUGAGCAUGCUUCUUGGAGCUCUAAUCACUAGGACGACUCCAAAAGUGAGAAACACAGAUAGAAACAAAGACAUAGAGAAGUUUCAUCUAGCUAUAUUAAAAUGAGUUUUAUACGACUUAUGCAAAGUUCUAGAGUUUUUAUAACUUGCUUUUAUCUCAUAGCCCCUUUCACUGGGUCUGUAUCCCCUUGUCCUUUGUCUUCUGCUCUUUGUGUCACGUUCAUCUUUGUCAGCACUUCAUAAACAUGUGAGAUGAAUAUGGCCCCCUUAGCACAUGAGCUCCAGUCCUGUCUGAGGGGUCAAACGGAUCUGCAACUUGGGGUUUUCCGAUGGAAAAAGAAGUAUUAGGAACAGUGUCUUUGAAGUCCAUGGGCAGGUCGUUGAGAAAUAUGUGGGGGGUUUUUUGAGGCGCAGACGAUCUUUGCCAGGGAAUCCAGUCCCCAUGCAGAGCAAGGAACAGCGGCAGGAGGCCAUGCACUUGGACUCCAGUCUCAUUUGGUUCAACCGUGGCCUGACCAGGAUUGGGACGCCAACCGCCACGUGAGGGGAACCAGAAAGAGACCAGAUCCAUGGGCUCUGAUGUCCAUUUCCAUCACUAUCGUAAGUGAACAGCCUCACUCCUGCAGGCCAGUGUAACGUCAUCCCAUUGGUUCUGCUGCACAAGCCAACUUGCCUUUUAAUGUGAGCUCCUUUUUUCCAUGGGACCCAUACCCAAAGAUGACUGGCUACAGGGGGGUAAUGUACAGGUGUUUUCAGCAGACCGUGGAUUUGCCGGACACUUGUGCUCUGGUUUUCAAGCGCCCUGAAAGGCCGCAGGGUCCCCAAAUGCUUACCCAGAUAAAUGACAUUUAAAAUAGCAAGGCAUUUUUUGUCAGUUCUCUGUAUAAUUUUGCUUGUCUUCAUGAGAUUUUCACUGCGGUGCAAUUAUGAGUAUCAUUUUCUCUCAUGUAUGGUGAUCAGGUGCGCAACAUGCGCUGGACGGGUAUUGCGUGGAAUAAAAGUCAGAGUGUGCGGGGGGGAGGGGGUCCCUGUGUUUUUCCUUCUAAAGUGCUCUGUGUGGGACAGCAAUGAUGGCCCACACUUGCUUUCCCCAAGAACUUCCUGGACACCAGCCCCUUUGCACUUCGGGACUGGUCAUCUGCUUCAGACAUGGCCGCGCGAGAUGCUGUGUCCGUGCGUAGCGUGUCUAAGCCUUGGGCCACUUGCCCUCCGACACCAUGGACACUUUUCAAGAGCAGUUUAAAUGCUGUCGCAGUACCCCCCACGUAACUGGUAAACUGUCCUGACUGAAUUCAUUUACUUCGGGGGCAGACAGAUAAGGAGGGUCUCGAGUGCUGGCCUCGAAAGGAGCCCUCUCAUGGCUGAAAGUAGCCAGGUAGCAAUUGGGUUACAGUACCAGGGAAGGCUCUAAGUGUGGAAUCGCGGGGGUGGGCCGAGAGACUCUGCUUGGGUGAAGGUGAGGCCGAAACCCUGGAGGGCGGCACAGCUGGGAAUCAAGGGCAGCCAUCCGAGGCCAGUGGGACACCGCGACUCAGGGACCAGGAAGGGCAGAGCGGCACAGCUGUGUCUUCCCUCCAGCUGCUUCUGUGUCUUCAGGCCACGUGGCAGCACCUGCACUCACUCAGGUGGCUCUGUACAGAGGCCGCUCCACCUUCCCCCUUCUGUUCGCUUCUCGGCCUCUGUCCGUGGAGGGACUCCGGCGUGGACACCCGCCCGUCCUGUAGGCCUGGAAGCCCUUUCCCCUGGUCUUGCAACCUCUCUAUCUCCCUCCUCCCCCACCCAUGUCUGGGGCCCUUGGCCCUUUCCUCUGUCCCCCAUCUCUGACAGUCAUUGAGCCACCGGAUCCUGGCCGCUCUAGGUUCCGGUUGCCCCAGCUGCCCUGCCCGUGCACGGCCGACCGUGAGUGCGGUCGGGGGGGUGGGGGUCCUUGCAGUGUCACCCGGCUGACGGCAGCAUCCACUUCUGGGGCUUUACGACACCAGCAUGGACCGUGUCUAGAACCUUGCUCAGAUUGCCCGCAAGACUCGCUCUGCUCUAAACAAAGAAAUGGGUGAGCGCUGUGUUCGGGGGGCCUUGGACACUUUUCCCCCACGGGAGGAAAAAGCAGGCCCGGAUAGGGGGUGCUCAGGAUCCCGUCGCCGUCGUGGUCCCACAGCCUUAGCUUCUCAAUGUUUCCGGAAUGGUUUGCUCUCCCUGCUGGGGUUGGCGGUGGUUGGCGCUCGGGCCUCUGCCACAGCCGACGCCCCGUGAACCGUCAGGACCUCCACUCCUUUCCUCAGCCGGAGGAGCACAGCAGGCCCCCGGCCGGGGAUGCUAAAUGUCUGUCUUGUUAGGUAGCCGAGGUGACAAGCGGUGUCCUGAGGCCAGAGCAGGAGUAUCAGGGAAGCAGAGCUCAAGGGAUGUCAGGCAGGGCAGACGGAAGGAGGGGGAGCCCUGUGGGCAGGAGCCCUGGGAGAGCAGAGGGUUUUCUGUAGGACGGUUGUGGGGCACUUGGUCAUCGGGAGCAGAGUGCAGGGAAGCCUGGGAUGCCACGUGAAGUUCUCUGGUUCCUGAUGAGGAGCAACUUUUUGUUCGCAUGGAAGAAUUAUUCUAAGACUGAGGAGGGGAAGGUCAUGUAAAUGGUAACUGCUAGAGCGCGUGACUCCGCGCGUGGAUGACCAGCAAGUGCACCAGCGUAGCCAGCCCAAUGGCUCUGAUGUUCACAGGCCCGACUCCUGGCGUGUCGGGGACCUCACGUGAAGACGAUGCCCAUAAACAGCACCCCCAAAGGUUCCGUCGCCCCCCUUCCUGCCCCUCCCCUCUUCCAUUGCCGCAAGCACCGCUCUGCUUCCCGUCCCUCCGCGUCGGUCAGCGGAAUGAUUCCGAGGCGCGGCCACGUCGCCCUGUGUAACGGCCCCUCACUUGGUAUUGCCGAGCACUCUUCCGUCGUGUGGAGGGACCGCGAUCCCUGUCGGACUCUUGGGGGUGGACAUUUGGGUUGUUGCCGGUUUGCGGCCAUGACAAAUAAAGCUGCCAUGAGCAUCCGUGCACAGGUGUUUGUGCAGACGUGUGUUCAUUUAUCCUGGGCAUAUAGUGAGGAGUGGAAGUGCCGGGCCCGUGGGAACCCUCUGGCAGCGCCAAAGUCUUACCUCCCUAACCGCGGUGCCCGGAGGCUCCAGCUUCUCCACCUGCCCCCUAACACCUGUCCAUCCUGUUGAUUCUAGCCAUCCUAGAUGAACAUGCGGUGGUUCUGUUUGCAUUUCCCUCAUGACUAAUGAUGCUGAGCAUCUUUCCAUGUCCUUCUGAGCCACUCGUAUAUCUUCUUUGGUGAAGUGUCUGUUCAAAUCUUUUGCCCAUUUGUAAUUGAUUCCUUUGUCUUUUCAUGUGGUUGUAAAGUUCUAGAUACAAGUCCUUUGUCACACAUGUUUUGCAAAUAUUUCCUUCCAGACUGACGUUUGCCUUUCUAUUUUCAUAACAGUGUUUUUUGAAGAACAGACGUUGUUUUAUUUUGAAGAAGCCCAGUGAAUGGAUUUUUUAAUUUCAUGGUUUGUACUUUUUGUACCACAGUUAAGAAGUCUUGGCAAAACUCAAGUCACUACAAUUUGACCCUCUGUUUUCCUGUGGGACUUGUAGAGCUAGGUCUAUGACCUAUUUGGAGUUAAUGUUCGCGUGUGGUGUGAGGUGAAUUCACGAUUUAUUUUUCUUCUAUAUGGGUGUCCAGUUUCUCCAGCUCCAUCUGGAGAUGAUGAAAAGAUGAUCUUUUCCCCAGUUGAACUGCCUUGACGUCUUGGUUGAAAACCACCUGGCUGUGCGCAUGUCUACUUCUGCACUCUCUAUGCCGGUCUAUUUUAUGCCCGCGUGACACUCUUCUUGGUUACUGUGGCUUUAUAAUAAGUCUUGGAAUCGGGUAAUGUGAAUCCUCUGAUGUGGUUCUUUUUCAAACCUCUUUGGUCUAUCCUAAUUUUGUCUCAUUUCUGUAUGAGUUUUAGAAUACCUUGUCAAUUUAUAUGACAAAAAAAAAAAAAAAGCCUGCUGGGACUUUGAUUGGGAUUUCAUUGAAUCUAUACAUCAUUUUGAGGAGGACUGACAUCUGAACAAUAUUGAGCCCUUCAGUCUGUGGACAUAACAUAGCUCCUCAUUCGCGGGCCUCCCCCACUUCCUCCCAGCAACGGCUUGUGAUUUCAGUGUCCACGUCUUGCACAUGUGUUAGCUUUGAUUGAUUCCGAGGUUAUUGUUCCAAUCAUCUCUAGUGAGCCUGCAUUUCUCGUGCAGUCACUCAUUCGUCCCCCGGACAUACACUGAACAUGUAACUGUGUGCUGGGCUGGGAGGAUGACUAAGACGUAUGUCUUGCCUACCUUCAGAAUCAGGAGCAUGCGUUUGUCCCUAUGAUGCCUUUGUUUAGCCCAGCCCAUAUUUGAUAACGGCCUUGACCAUAAUGUAAAACAGAGCUGUGUGUCCCAUGUUCACAGUUCCGAGAACUUAUCAUUGUUCCAAGAUUUUUUUUUUUUUAACUUUCUGGCAAAGACUUCUAACAGGAAAACAAAAUCAAAUCAAAACAAGGAGGUAAGAAUCAAAUUAAUCUUUUGUCUUUUUCUCAGUGAAAAUAUUCCUCGCUUAAUAUAUAACAUGCUUUCUUCCAUGUUCCGGCUAGUUCAGUGGGAACAAGGUACUUGUGAAAGGAGGUGGCGAGAGAAUGAGUCAGGCAGGCUGAGAAGAGGUGGGGAGAGAAAGACAAAGGAAAAGGCGAGUAGAACACACCCUGGUGAUCUCCUCAGACUAGAAGAACAAACGCACACAGUGUAUCAGGAACGUGGCCACAAGUACAGCUCCACCUACAUGCAGAUUUUUGUGUGUGUUAAAUACAGGAUGAUACUAUAAAUGUAUUUUCCUUAUGAUUUUCUUAAUAACAUUCUCUUUUCUCUAGUUGACUUUUUUGUAAGAAUGCAGUACAUAAUACAUACAACCUCCAAAAUGUGUGCUACUCGACUGUUUGUUAUUGGUGAGACUUCCAGUUAACAGCCGGCUAUUAGUAGUUAAGGUUUGGGAGAUUCAAAGUUACACGUGGAUUUUUCGGCUCUGCCAGGGGUCAGCAUCCCUAACUCCCAUGUUGUUCAAUGUAAGGAAUCUGGG